AUGAAAAAUGAGAAAAACUCAUAUGACGAAGGCGCCACCAAUCAAUUUCAAACGUAAACAGACAUGUCAACCUAUAAUUUCAAUUCUGGUAUACGCGUCUAUAGUCUGCAUCAAAGCUAUCGAUUGUGUGGUAAACUGUCAGAAGCUACUUUGUUUUUCUUCAGGUGACAAAUAUAAUUAGUGAACACUAUGUCGGAAUACGAACAAGUUCGUAAAAAGAAACUGGUUUUAAAAGGAGAGAAGCCCAAAACAAAAAAAAGAAAGCGCAGUAAGGUGGAUGGUGACAAGAAAGGCGAGGUUGAGGUAGACCACGAUUCGAUUAAACACGGAGGAUGGAGCAAAAUAUCUGAUCUUACCGAACUCACUCCAACGGUAGCCAUAGAGUUCAGAGAUCGGUGCUAUUUAAAAGCCUUAGACAAUGGCCUAUUUACCCUUGGGGCACCACACGAUGAAAGUGAAGGUCCCUCCCCUGAAGAAAUAUUAACAGCAUUUGUACUGAAUGAUACAAAAAUUUCAUUAAAAUCUGGAUAUGGCAUGUACUUGAGCGUUGAUAAAAAGGAAAGAGUUGUUGCACGUACCGAAGCUGUAGGUGCAUUAGAACAGUGGGAACCUAUUUUUCAGGAUGGUAAGGUAGCUAUUUUAGGCAGUACGGGAUGUUUUAUUUCUGUUGACGAAGAUGAUGAUAUAAUCUGCAAUAAAAAAACUGCUGGACCAAUGGAAUAUUGCCAAAUAAGGCAUUUAGCUAAAAAAGAAGAAGAUCCUUACAAGGAUGUACCUCAAGAAGAGCAAGGUACAUUAGAAGACAUAGAAGUUAAUUAUGUGAAAAAGUUCCAGAAAUUUCAAGACAAAAAAAUGAGAUUGAGUAAAGACAAAGUUUCUGUAUUAAAAAAAGCAAAGGAUGAAGGACAAUUGCAUGAAACUUUGCUUGACAGAAGGAGCAAAAUGAAAGCAGAUCGAUAUUGUAAAUAAGAUAAUCUUUAAGACUGUAUUUGUAUAUAUAUUUUUAUAUUGUAAAAUUUUUCAAAUCUGUAAUUAAUUCACAUGUGUAAAAUCAGUCAACAUAAAAUCACACUUUAAAUUCAA